UCGUGACCUCAUUCGAGAAACUCAGUACUACGACGUUUUCCCAUCGCUAUUCUCGUACGCCGGCACCUCACCGAUGUGCGACAUCGAGCAUUCCAUCCAGCUUGUGUUUGACUAUCGUAUUCACCACCAGGCACCCUACAGACUCUCGAUCCCCGAGGCCACCGAACUCAAGCGUCAGCUUGAGGAGCUUCUGAGAUUGGGUUUUAUUAAACCCAGCAACUCCCCGUGGGGUGCACCCGUCGUCUUUGCUCGCAAAGCGGAUGAAACUUUUCGCCUCUGCAUCGAUUAUCACGGGCUCAACCGCUACAUGGUUAAGAACAACUACCCCAUGCCUCAUUCCGACGAGCUGUUCGACCGCCUAGUAGGCAACCGCUUCUUUACGAUCAUUGAUCUUUGUAGCGGUUGUCAUCAGAUCCGUGUCGCUGCAACGGACCAGCCGAAGACAGCGUUCCGAUCACGCUUCGGCCACUAUGAGUUUACAGUGAUGUCAUUCGGCCUCACCAACGCACCCGCUACCUUCCAGAGGGCGAUGAACGACAUUUUCAGGGACAUCCUGGAGCAGUACAUUCUCGCCUACCUCGACGAUAUCCUGAUCUACAGUCGUACCCUUGAGGAGCAUCUCAGACACCUCUGCGGCUUCCUUAACCGCUUGCGCAGAUAUGGCUUCUACGCCAAGUUGAGCAACCGCGAUCGUGUUCAAGACGAUCGUGUUGGAUCCGAUCGUGAGUCCAGGCUUAUCGUGUUCGACUCGAUCGUGUUCGACUCGAUCGUGUUCGACUCGAUCGUGAUCGACUCGAUCGCGUUCGAGUCGAUCGUGUUCUACUUGAUCGUGCUCGACUCGAUCGUGCUCGACUCGAUCGUGUUCGACUCGAUCGUGUUCGACUCGAUCGCGUUUGACUCGAUCGUGCUCGACUCGAUCGUGUUCGACUCGAUCGUGUUCGACUCGAUCGUGUUCGACUCGAUCAUGAUCGACUCGAUCGUGUUCGACUCGAUCGUGUUCGACUCGAUCGUGUUCGAGUCGAUCGUGAGACCAGGCGAUCGUGUUCGACUCGAUCGAGUUCGACACGAUCGUGCUCGACUCGAUCGUGCUCGACUCGAUCGUGCUCGACUCGAUCGUGCUCGACUCAAUCGAGUUCGACACGAUCGUGUUCGACUCGAUCGAGUUCGAGUCGAUCGUGAGCCCAGGCGAUUGUGUUCGACUCGAUGGAUGUCAACAGAAUUUCUCCCACAGUUUCGCAGAGUCGUCCAUCAUCGAGUCCGACACGACGACCGUAGUGUUCGACACGAUGACCGUCGUGUUCGACACGACGACCGUCGUGUUCGACACGAUGACGGUUGCACGCGGGCGUGUACGCCACGUGCUGAACAUGACCCCACCGUCGUGUUCAAUCCGAUGAUGGUCGUCGUCAUCGAGUGGAACACGACCGCGGUGGCACCGCCCGACCUCACCGUCGUGUUCAACCCGAUGACGGUCGCUGUCAUCGUGUCGAGCAUGACUGCAGUGGCACCCCGCAACCCCACGGUCGUGUUCAAUACGGUGAUGGUCGAGUGAAGGUAUGUACAGCACGUGUUGAUCACGACCCCACCAUCGUGUUCAACCCGAUGACGGCUGCUGUCACCGUGUCG